UAAGAGCACGCCUGGCUCGCAGCCCUGACCCGCCCUGGGCUCAGCGUCACCAUCUCCUCCUCCUCUACACAGCUGAGUUUCUAUUUCCCCGGCUUCUUUCACUGGUUUCUUUCCCCGUCGCCCUGAUCCAAACCACAGGCAGGAUGGCAUCGCCCAUCUCGCAGAAGCUGGAGGAGAAGCUGGUGUGCUCCAUCUGCCUGGAGCUGUUCAGAGCGCCCGUGACCUUGCCCUGCGGGCACAACUUCUGCAAGCGCUGCAUCAGCGACCACUGGCACAAGCAAGAGCAGGAGCCUCCCGGGGCCAAGAAGGGGUACACAUGCCCCGAGUGCCGCAGGGCCUUCGAGCAGCGCCCGGAGCUGGAGAAGAAUGUCACCCUGUACAGCGUGGUGGAGCUGGCGCGGGAUGGCGAGGCGUGGGGCUCGGGCACAGAGGGAUCUGAGGUGGCCCACGGCGAGCUGUGCCCACAGCACGGGCGCCCACUGGAGCUGUACUGCGAGGAUGAGCAGCGGGGCAUCUGCUGUGUCUGCACCAUCCGGCACUGCCAGCAGCACCGACGGGUGCUCUUCGAGGAGGAGCGCUUUAAAAAGCAGGCUCUUUUGAAAGAGUCCCUGGAAAAAGCCCAGGAAGAAUCAGAGAGGAUUGAACGGGUGAUGCAGGAGCUGGAGGAGCAAACAUGCAGCAUCAAGGACUCCUCCGAGGGGCUCAAAUCGGUAAUUAUGAGCAAAUUUGCCCUCCUGAGGAAAGCCCUGGAGGAUUUCCAGUGGCAGAUGGUGUCCAGGAUCGAGCAAGAGCAGGCAGCAGCGCUGGGGCGUGUGGAGGAGGACUGGAACUUCCUGAAGGACCGUCUGGAUGUCCUUGGCCAGCACAGGGAGAGGGCUCAGGGCCUGCUGGCCUGCCCCAACCACAGGACCUUCCUCCAGGAGUUCCCCCUGCUCCCACCUCUGGAGAGCCCAGAGGCGCUGCUGCCCGUGGAGUUUGAUGUAGCUGCUGUGGUCAAGCCCAUCGAAGAGAUCCUCACCAACAUCUCCAGGCUCCUGCUGGAGGACCUGCCCAGCUCCAUGGCCCCCAAAGCCCCCGACCCCGCUGGCCAAGGCCCAGUGCAUCCCCAGGAGCUGGCGGUGAAGGUGGUGGCUCCUGUCCCCAAGUGCCAGCUCCGAGCUGAGCUUCUGAAGGACCACCGCAACCUGACCUUCAAUCCCAAGACGGCCAACAAGUACCUGGAGCUGUCGAAAGGGAACCGGAAAGCCAAACACGGCCCCAGUGCCAUCUGCGGAUGGCAGGAGCAGGGACCCCGCUUCGAACCCUGGCAGGUGAUGUGCACACAGGGCUACGGCCAUGGCCACCACUACUGGGAGGUGAAGAUCUCCAGCCACUCUGUCAUCCUAGGAGUGACCUACCAUGGUCUCCCCUGGGAGCGGCAGCAGGGCCACAAGUUCAACAUCGGCCUGGAUGGGGGGUCCUGGGGGCUGCAGGUGCGGGAGGAUUGCUACCUGGCCUGGCACAAGGGCCAGGCAAAGAAAAUCCAGGAGCAGCUAUAUAAGAACCUGGGGGUCAGCCUGGACUAUGGUAAGGGGCUCCUCUCCUUCUACGGCCUCGGGGAGAGGAUACAGCUCAUCCACUCUUUCCACAGUGUCUUCACCCAGCCCCUCUUUCCCGUCUUCUGGCUGUGCGAGGGGCGAGCAAUGACGCUGUGCCGGAGGGAGCGGGAGCACAAGGAGGCCCAACAAGCCAAAUUCCUCAGUGAUGUGGAGAACGAGCUGGAGGAGCUGACAGUCACCAUUGCACAGGCCAAGAAGAUGGUGGAGCUCAUUAAGGGUGCUGCCACAAAGGAGAGGGAAGGAGUUGAGAAGCUCUUUGCAGAAGCCUCCGAGGUCCUGGCGACCUUCCAGAAGGAGGUGACCGGUUUCAUCGAGGAGGGGGAGCGCUCCAUGCUGGGGGAGGCCGAGGCUGAUCUCCGCUGGAAGGAGGAGAGACGAGCGAAGCUGGCCCAGUGCAAGCAAAACCUGGAGAAUGUCCCCGGCACUGACACCAUCUACUUCCUCCAGGAAUUUCAGGCUUUAAAAGUAGCCAUGGAAGAAAACCUCUCCCCAUCUCUGAGCUUCCAGAACGAGCUGAACUUCACCAAAUGCACCCAAGCCGUGAGUGCCAUGAAGGAUGUGCUGUCUGCUGCCUGCAAAAGCCAGUGGGACCGCUUGCAAGGGAAAGCAACUGAUGGGCUGAACUUCCAGGAGAUGGAGGAAGCUGAGUCCCGAUUUCCAGACAAGUCAAACAAUCCCGCCUGCCAGGAGAGCCGUGAUUACUUCCUGAAAUUUGCCUUCAUCAUUGACCUGGACAGUGACACGGCUGACAAGUUCAUCCAGCUGUUUGGCACCAAAGGGGCCAAGCGGGUGCUGUGCCCCAUCCCCUACCCAGAGAGCCCGACCCGGUUUAUCAACUGCGAGCAGGUGCUGGGUGUGAACCUCAUGAACCGGGGCAACUACUACUGGGAGGUGGAGCUCAUCGAUGGCUGGGUCAGCAUUGGCGUCAUCGCUGAGGACUUCAACCCCCAGGAGUCCUACAACCGCGGGCGCCUGGGGCGGAACGAGAAAUCCUGCUGCCUGCAGUGGAAUGGACAGAACUAUGUGGCCUGGUUUGGUGGCUUUGAGUCUGUCAUCCAGCAGCCAUUUUUUCACACAAUUGGGGUCUUCCUGGAGUAUUCAGAGAAGGCCCUGACCUUCUAUGGAGUCAAGGACUCCAAGAUGACCUGCUUGCAGCAGCUCAAGGUCUCCUAUCUUGCCAAGGGUCAGUCUGACCCAUUCCAGAACAAGAUCAACAACAAAUUCACUUCUCUUUUCUUUUGCAAGCUGAAACCAGCCUUCUUCCUGGAAAGCGUCGAUGCCCACCUGCAGAUUGGGCCACUGAAGAAAGAUUGUGUUUCGGUGCUAAAGCGUAGGUAACUGCCCAGAGAGCAGGAGCAUGGGAAGACCCAGAAAAGUCUUUCCUGCAGUGUAUCGUCACCAUCAUGGCUUCUCUUUGGUAGUGUUGUAUUUCUCUGUGGCAGCCCUCCCUCCUUGCUUUGUGCUAUUGAUGACCCAGGGGUGGAUGAAGCUGUCUGGUGGGCAGGGCUGGGAGCUGGAUCCAAGUGCUGGCUCUGCCUCUGGGCUGCUGAGCAAACUUGGGCGAGUCUCUGUACUGCUCCCUGCCCCUCAGUUUCCCUUUCUGGACAUCAGGGACUGUGAUACAGCCUUUCUUGGUAAAGUGUGUUGCUCAGGAGAAGUGCCACAUAGAUUUGAAGCUGUAUCUUGGCCAGCUGCCAGGCUGCCUGGUCCCUUUCCUUAAUAUCUGCUUGCACUGCCCUGGCGACUUGCACAGACGAUCUGCUUUGUGCCUUAUCUCGGUCUCUGUGUCACUGCUUUUUGAAGCUUUAGCUCAUCAACACCUUCUUCGUGCUCCUUAUGAAGUGCCUUCGAAGUAGCAAACCCAGCAUGGACUGAGCGAAUCCCCAAACCAGAUGAGGUUUCUUCCCCAGUGCCUGCAUCACUAUUGUGCCUUGUUGUGGGUGGGCAGGGUGCUCCGGGGCAGGUGGGAUGCAGAGGAGCCUGGCUGGGUACAGGGGCUGACCUCUCCUUGUGGGGCUGACCACCCGUUAGUGCUGCAAACAUGAAACGAGGAUCUUUGCAGCUG